AUGAGUUUCAACAGGAAUCCAGUCUAUGUCGAUGGAGGAGCGAGUGCGCUGGGGAAUACACCUCCGCUUGCGGGACUGCGUGUUCUGGAAUUUGCUGGGUUGGCUCCAGGUCCCUACGCUGGCAUGCUAUGCGCAGACUACGGCGCCGAAGUCCUUCGCGUUGAUCGCGCUCACCCCAAAGCUCACGGAUCUAGCUCAGACGAUGUUCCACCUCCGACGUCCGACCAGCUCACGAGACGCAAAGCUUCCAUAGCUGUGAAUACCAAAACCGCGCAAGGUAUCGCUCUGAUCAAAGACUUGGUCAAGUUUGUCGAUGUUGUGAUCGAUCCCUUCCGACCGGGUGUUCUUGAGAAGAUGGGUCUUGGACCACAGGACGUGCUGUUGAGGAUCAACCCCGGCCUCAUUGUAGCUCGUAUGACGGGUUUCCGACGAGAUGGGAAAUACAAAGAUAUGGCUGGGCAUGAUAUUAACUACAUUGCUGUUUCGGGUGUGCUGAGCAUGCUCGGUCGAGCAGGUGACAAGCCAUAUCCUCCUGCCAACAUCGUGGGUGAUUUCGCUGGAGGAGGUGCAGUGUGCUUCAUGGGCAUUCUCCUCGCUCUGUUGAGCAAAGAGAGGACAGGACAGGGGCAGGUUGUGGAGGCAAAUAUGGUCGAUGGAUCAGCACACCUGGCCAGCAUGCCGAGAUUCGGAACAAAGACUCCAAUGUGGGAUGCAGCCAGAGGUACAAACACACUCGAUGGAGGUGCGCCGUACUAUACAACUUAUGAGACGAAGGAUGGUGGUUAUAUGGCUGUUGGAGCUCUAGAACCGCAGUUCUUUGCCGCGCUUCUGAAGGGCUUGCAGAUCGAUCCAGCCAAAACCAGCUGGGUCAAGGACCGGCUAGACAAGAAGACCUGGAAGACACAAGCGAAGACAUAUGAGAAGAUCUUCAAGCAGAAGACGCGAGCGGAAUGGGAGGCAAUCUUUGAUGGUACCGACGCCUGCGUCACUCCGGUGAAAACGCAACAAGAGCUUGAGAAGGAGGGUUUCGACCAGCGACCGAUUGUGACUCUAAAGUCUUCCCCGGGGUUCGCAAUCCAUGAGGCGGAUGCAGAUGGACGCGAUCCAGCAACUGGUCAAGGUAUUGGUGUCGAAGACAGUGGUUGGGCAAGCGCUGGCAUGCAUCCUGGUGAAGGAGGUGAGGAAGUCUUAGGCAAAUGGAUGGGUUGGGACCGUGGUAGAGAUUUCGACGUGAUUGAUGGCGGUCUGGAGUUGAGGCGCGGACUCAAGGCAAGGAUGUGAAAUAUGAGGGAGUGUCGCGCUUGUCGUACCGGGCUAGAUCAUCCUUCAGCGUCGUCGGACUCCGACCGCAAACAUGCAG